UUAAAAUGUUUGUUUAUUCGGCUAUUUACCAAAAUAAGGUUUAAUUUAACAAACAAAAUGAGUGAAAAAAGGCGACUCGUGUGCAUUAAUUGUGGACACAGAGCCAAGGAACUAUUCAAGAAAUAUAGCAAUUCUCUAAAAACCACCCAAUGCGAUAAAUGUCACCAAACCACUGAUAAAUACAUAGAGUUCGAGGAGUUUAUCAUAUUAAUAGAUGCACUUCUGUUGGAUUCUUGCGCCUUCCGUCACAUAAUAUACAAUGGAGACUUUAAAUUAUAUUGGAAGAUUUCGUUGGUUGUGCUGCUUUUGGAAUCCUUUGCGCUGUGCCGCCAAAAACUCCCUGAACAUUCGGAUGCCUCUUUAAACGUACACGAAAAAGGUUUCUACACAUAUACGCUUCAAAAUAUAGGAGAUUACCUUUUUAUGACGUUAUUGCUACUAAUAAUUACAGUCACUCUAAGUAUUGAUUGGAUGAAGAAGAUGGGUCCUCGCAGUUUUACUUUAAUUAUUUUCAAAGUGGUACUGAUCUCGAAUUUGUCCAAGUUCUUUCUUCUGCCCAUUUUAGUGUGGCGUAAUAACACAACCGUUUUUGGGCGGAGUUUGCACCAUGUCCUGGUCAUGGGCCAUCACCUCUGCUCCCUGGUCAUCGCCUACGAGGCAGUCGGAGCAACUAGAAAGGACCUUCGAUGGUGGGCCCUAACAUUGGUAGUCAUUGCCUUCGCCUUCAAGGAAUCUGCAAGGCAGUUUGUCUCACUGUUGUUGGAGGAACAUUUUACGUAAAAGAGAAAUUGUUACGGCAAUUGUUUAUAAAAGGCUGAAAAUUAAAAUACAAUUUCCUAUGUACGACGUUAUUGCCAAAUAAAUUAAUUCUAAAUAUUAAAAUAGAAAAUAUAGCAGUUAAAUUGCGGGCAUAGAACAAAACAUAGUUGAUAAGCUUCUAACUUAAUAUAUUUCUAAAAUAAUUAACCAGAGAUUGCUAGAGCAGUGCAAUUAAACUAUAUUAUCAAAAAACGCAACGAUCGACUUUAUU